GCUGCUUACGCGUGUUCUAUUUAUUUCGCCUCUGUAGAUACACACUCCCAGUCGCCUCACCCAGUCACCCACGGAUAUUGUUAGAGUUAUAUCAGCGCAAUGGAGUUAUUCAAGGAGGCAGUGGACUACCUUGAGACACAGCAUAUCCCAGUGGAGGCUGUAGAUGGUACAGGGCCUGAUCCACUGGAGGAUGAUGUGUUUCCAGAGGAGGAUGUGUUCUCCCCCCUCCAGACAGACAGCAUGGACCUGCCCGACACCCCCGUCCUGCGUACCCUGGAAGAGAUGCUGGUUAGGAGGCUCAUGGUCCUGAGAAAGGUCCUGGACAGUGAGAAGAUCUACCUCAAUGAGCUAGAGACACUGUUAAUGCCUAUGAAGGCCUUGAAGGCCACAGCAGGGACGUCUCAGCCAGUUCUGUCCAGCCAGCAGGUCCGAACUGUGUUCUAUCAGGUGCCUGAGCUCAGAGACCUACACAGAGACUUCUACACUUGCCUGAGGGACCGCCUGGGGCCACUGGGGCCACAAAUACACCCAGAGACAGACCCGGGGCAGGGGCCGGGGAAAGAGCAGGGCCAAAUGAACUUCCACCUAACUGUUGGAGACCUCUUCCUUAAGAUUGUGAGCCAGAUAGGUGUGUAUCGUGGUUUCAUAGAUAACUAUGAGAGUGCUGUGGAGAUCGUGAGGAGGUGUACUCAGACUGACAAGCGCUUCAGAAUACUGGCUGAGAGUAUGAUGUUUUAUAAUGGAUCAGACAAAUCUAAGACGGAAUACACCUUUGAGGCUCUGCUGUACAAGCCUCUGGACAGAGUCACCAAGACAACCUUAGUGCUGCAUGACCUGCUGAAGCACACUCCCCAGACGCAUGGUGACCACCCCGUGCUGCUGGAGGCUCUGAGACUGUCCCAGAGCUUCCUGUCUGGGGUCAACGAGGGGUCACAGUGCAAACAAGAGGUCACCCUCAGCAGGGGCAUGCGGCGUCAGCUGAUGCGUGAUGGCUUCGUGGUGGAUGUGUGUGAGGGGGGGCGUAACCUUUGCCAUCUCUUCCUGUACACUGACCUGCUGCUAUGCACCAAACUCAAGGGCGGGGCCCAAGGUAAGCAGGCCCAGUACAGGUUCUGUUGGUACCUGCCUCUAGCUGGACUGAAACUCCGCUGGGGACCAGAGAUGGAGCGCACCACAGACACACACCAGCGCAUACACACCAUGAGAGCUAAGAUGUACGUGCUCAGACACGAACUGCGACAGAUCAUGAAGCCUGUCCCACUGAAGUCCUUGGCUGCUCGAACUUCAGAGCGAGGCAGGAAGAAGAUGGAGCACCUUGAACUGAUGUUUCUCACACAGUCUCCCUUCCUCCCCUGGAACUACACAGCCCCAGCGGCAAGAGCCACACUCUGGUGAUGUCAUCUCUGUAUGAACUAGAGGAGUGGAGAGAGGCCAUCCACAGACUCACCGGAGAUAACAUAGAAACGGUUCCUCCAGAUCUGCUCACCUUGACCAGCUCCUGUGUUAAACUGAGAAUGACCCAACAGCCUCCCCUACACGGCAUACUGCCUC